CUUUAUUAAUCUGCCGCAUAGUUGGUCGUUGAGGUUACAUCUUUUCAUUGUAAUAAAAAAGUUAUGGGUUCCUCAAAAAAUUCAGAAGAUGUGCUUGCCAACACAGUUGAUUCAUGUGUGGCUGACGCAUUAAUCAAAUUAGGGGGUGGAUUGAUCACUGGUACAUUAUUCUCUCUGCUCCUGUUUAAGCGGAAAUCAUGGCCUGCUGUAUUUGGUGUGGGAGUUGGAGCAGGAAUGGGCAUGUCAAAUUGCCAUUACAAAUUAAAUAUGCCCUACUUAGUUGGAGCAGACAUGAUUAAGGUUGAAAAUCAGGCAUUUAGAAGGAACAAUGUUAACCAAAUUGGGAAGGAUUCCUCUUGAGAAUUAGCCUUUAAAUAGCACUUAAGCAUUUUUGUCUUUACUUGACAAAUAUCUUAACUGUGUAGUUUCUGGAUUAAACUUGGUUUAAAUGUAA